AUGCUAGCAGACGGGUUGACCGGCGAGGAUCUGGCGAUGAUACCGGAACACUGGCUCACAUAUCCAGCGCCACCAGCCAGCGCUCACACCGCUCUAGCAUUGCUUUACGUGUUCUUCACCGCCGCCGCUUUACUCGGAAAUGGACUAGUUAUUUUUAUAUUUUCCACGACCAAAUCUUUAAGAACGUCAAGUAACCUUCUCAUCUUACAAUUAGCAAUUUUGGACUUCAUUAUGAUGGCCAAAGCACCUAUAUUUAUUUACAACAGCGCGAUGCGAGGUUUCGCAACAGGAACACUUGGUUGCAAAAUAUUUUCUCUUAUGGGAGCGUAUAGUGGAAUUGGAGCGAGUAUGACUAAUGCCUGCAUUGCAUACGACAGACAUUCAACAAUCACACGACCAUUGGAUGGUCGUCUUUCAAAAGGAAAAGCUCUACUUAUGAUAGCUUUCGUUUGGAUAUACGCUACACCGUGGGCUCUAUUGCCUCUCUUUGAAGUAUGGGGAAGAUUUGUUCCUGGUACCUACUUAAUUGAGUUGUCUAAUAACAGGGAGCAAGCGAAGAAAAUGAACGUGGAAUCGCUUAGAUCUAACCAAGUUGCUGGCCAACAGUCAGCCGAAAUUCGAAUAGCAAAAGCAGCUCUUACCGUAUGCUUUUUGUUUGUCGCCUCUUGGACACCCUAUGGGGUCAUGUCACUAAUAGGUGCUUUUGGAAAUCAGGAUCUUCUCACGCCUGGGGUAACAAUGAUUCCUGCUGUAACGUGCAAAGCUGUCGCCUGCAUAGAUCCAUGGGUAUACGCAAUCAGCCAUCCUAAAUACAGGCAGGAGUUACAACGGCGUAUGCCGUGGCUACAGAUCGACGAGCCCGAUGACACAGCAUCAACGGCCACAACCAACACAGUCAGCGCUCCGCCCCCGGCCACCGCUUAA